AUGUUGGGCAAGAAGAAGUACAACGUGAACGGGGAGUCGGGGAUGAAAGCCCAGAUCCAGUUUGCUGACCAAAAGCAGGAAUUCAACAAGCGCCCGACGAAGAUCGGCCGCCGCUCGCUGUCCCGCUCCAUCUCCCAGAGCUCCACAGACAGCUACAGCUCAGCUGCCUCCUACACAGACAGCUCUGAUGAUGAGACCUCCCCCCGGGACAAGCAGCAGAAGAACUCCAAAGGCAGCAGUGAUUUCUGUGUGAAGAACAUCAAACAGGCGGAGUUUGGGCGCCGGGAGAUUGAAAUCGCUGAGCAAGAAAUGCCUGCUCUGAUGGCUUUGAGGAAGAGAGCUCAGGGAGAGAAGCCUCUGGCUGGUGCCAAGAUCGUGGGCUGCACACACAUUACAGCACAGACGGCUGUCCUGAUGGAGACUCUUGGUGCGUUGGGUGCUCAGUGCCGAUGGGCUGCCUGCAACAUCUACUCUACCCUCAAUGAAGUGGCUGCUGCCCUUGCUGAGAGCGGGUUCCCUGUCUUUGCCUGGAAGGGAGAAUCUGAAGAUGACUUCUGGUGGUGCAUCGACCGCUGCGUCAACGUCGAAGGAUGGCAGCCCAACAUGAUCUUGGAUGAUGGAGGAGAUCUCACUCACUGGAUUUACAAGAAAUACCCCAACAUGUUUAAGAAGAUCAAGGGGAUAGUAGAGGAGAGCGUGACUGGUGUCCACAGGCUGUACCAGUUGUCCAAAGCAGGGAAGCUCUGUGUCCCAGCCAUGAACGUCAACGACUCAGUCACCAAGCAGAAGUUUGACAACCUGUACUGCUGCAGAGAGUCCAUCCUGGAUGGCCUGAAGAGGACGACAGACAUGAUGUUUGGAGGGAAGCAAGUGGUGGUUUGUGGCUACGGGGAGGUUGGAAAGGGCUGUUGUGCUGCUCUGAAGGCCAUGGGCUCCAUAGUGUAUGUGACAGAGAUCGAUCCAAUCUGUGCCCUCCAGGCCUGCAUGGAUGGAUUCCGGCUGGUGAAGCUCAAUGAAGUCAUCAGACAGGUUGACAUCGUCAUCACCUGCACAGGCAACAAGAACGUGGUGACCAGGGAACACUUGGAUCGGAUGAAGAACAGUUGCAUCGUCUGCAACAUGGGGCACUCCAACACCGAGAUCGAUGUGGCCAGCCUGCGCACACCUGAGCUGACCUGGGAGAGGGUGAGGUCCCAGGUGGACCAUGUCAUCUGGCCAGAUGGGAAGAGAAUAGUCCUUCUGGCAGAGGGCCGCCUCCUGAACCUGAGCUGCUCCACUGUCCCCACCUUUGUCCUGUCCAUCACUGCCACCACGCAGGCUUUGGCUUUGAUAGAGCUGUACAACGCCCCUGAAGGCCGCUACAAGCAAGACGUGUACCUGCUGCCUAAGAAGAUGGAUGAGUACGUGGCAAGCCUCCACCUCCCGACGUUCGAUGCCCACCUGACAGAGCUCACGGAUGAACAAGCAAAGUACCUGGGACUGAAUAAGAACGGACCUUUCAAACCAAACUACUACAGCGCUGCCGACCCGCCGGGUGCCACCCCGCUGGAGGAACCUCUCAUAGUUCUGCUGAACUUCCCAAGGGAUGGUUCCACCAGCGAGUGGAUGAACUUCGCCUUAGCGCUGCUGAGAGCUGUAGUGAAGGGUCUGGUUGUUAGUGUCAGCCCACAGCAGGAGCUGGGAGGACAGGAGUGGUGCCCGCUCG